CCAACGUCACAGUUAAAGAGAAACGGCCGUUACUUGGUCAGCUAAAAAACUAUUGAAACGCAAAGGCAGUGGUGGCGAAAAGUAUCUAGCUAUUUUAAUCUGUCAAAUGUUAUCGGUUCAGCAUACCGAUAUUCAAAACUGUGGUCUAACGACGCCGAUAGACUAGCUAGAAGCCACUUUGGGGACGCUCUGCCAGCGGGACUGACAGUAGACGGGAUGAUCUCGGACUGGGGUCUGAUCAGUGAGAGGUCCCUGUGACUGUGAAUGGGUCUGUGAAAUACAUUAGGAUGAGCGGGCUCCACUCCAUCGCUGCCUGCGUGGACUGAGAGACACCGCCCUAUACACAGCAGUCGAUGCGGUCUUCCACUGCAUCACCCGUGGCUGAGAACCCAGCAUGUCUCGCGUCUCCACCACCGCCAAGCGUUACACCGGCUCCUCCUAUACCAGUGCCUAUAGCUCUUAUGGCUCCUCCCUGACGCCCUCCUCCCUCAGCUCCUACACCUCCGACCGGGACAGGCUGCCCUCCUACAGGAGCAACGCUGCCUCCUCCUCGGGCUACUCCUCCUCCAGCUACCUGAGCAGCGCCGCCAGCCGCGCCCGCAACUACAGCACCUCCUCGGAGCUUGACCGGGGCCGGCCCAUCCCCCGCACUGACCUCCUGAGCAGCAGCAGCCGGCGAAGCGAGAGCCUGAGCCGCACCCCGGUGAAGACCUAUGGCUCGUCGGGCCUGAGCGGCGGCUCCGGUUACACUGGCUACAGCAGCUACUCCUCGUCCACCACGCCCAGCCGCUCCAGCUACCUCUCCUCGUCGCCCGGGGCCUCCAGCAUCUCUCUCAGCCGCCGGAGGUCGUCGAGCCAGAGUGACCUGACGCGGGACCUGUCGUCCCUGGGCCUCACCGAGCCCACGUCCCCCUCCUGCUCCUCCUCCAGCGCCCUGAGGGGUUACCGGAGCAGGGCCAGCGAUGUGGCCGACUCCUACAACAGCAGCCUGCAGAGCUCCAGUUAUGGCUUGUCCCACAGCGCCACGCAGGAGGCCUUGAGCAGCAGCAGCCUAAAGAGCGGUGGUGGUAGCCGCUUCACCUCCUCCUAUGAGAGGAGCGACAGCAGCAGCAAUGGACGAUCCAGCUCCCCCACCAGGGACUCCCUGAACUCCAAGAGCACCCAGGGCCUGGUGGGCCUACGGAACCUGGGAAAUACCUGCUUCAUGAACUCCAUCCUGCAGUGUCUCAGCAACACGCACAACCUCCGGGACUACUGCCUCCACAACUCCCACCGACGCGACCUUAACAAAAACAGCCGCACCAACACUGGGGCGCUCAUGGAGGAAUUUGCCAAGCUCCUCCAGACCAUGUGGACGUCCUCGAGCAGCGAGGCGGUCGGCCCCUCAGAGUUCAAAACUCAGAUCCAGAGAUACGCCCCCCGAUUUGUGGGAUACAACCAACAGGACGCCCAGGAGUUCCUGCGCUUCCUGCUGGACGGGCUGCACAACGAGGUAAACCGGGUCACGGUGCGGCCGCGGGGCAGCUCGGAGGACUUUGACCACCUGCCUGACCGAGAGAAAGGGGAUAGAAUGUGGAGCAAGUACCUGGAGAGAGAGGACAGCAAAGUAGUGGACCUGUUUGUGGGUCAGCUGAAGAGCUCGUUGACGUGCAGCACAUGUGGCUACUGCUCCACUGUCUUUGACCCCUUCUGGGAUCUCUCGCUACCCAUCGCCAAGAAGGGCUACGGAGAAGUGAGUCUGAUGGACUGCGUGAGUCUCUUCACCAAAGAGGAUGUGCUCGACGGAGAUGAAAAACCAACGUGCUACAGGUGUAAAGCCAGAAGACGAUGCACAAAGAAGUUCACUGUACAGAAAUUCCCCAAGAUCUUAGUGCUUCAUCUGAAACGCUUCUCUGAAGCGCGGAGAACCAGCAAACUGUCCACAUUUGUCAACUUCCCCAUGGAGAAACUGGACCUCAGGGAGUUUGCCUCGGAAAACAGCAUAAAUGCAGUUUAUAACCUGUACGCAGUGUCCAAUCACUCAGGCACUACCAUGGGCGGCCACUACACAGCGUACUGUCGCAACCCCACCUCGGGAGAAUGGUACACGUUCAAUGACUCCAGAGUAUCGCCAAUGUCCUCCAGCCAAGUGCGCAGCAGUGACGCCUACGUGCUGUUCUACGAGCUGGCCUCCUCCUCGCGGAUGUGAGGGCCUCCCGGAGGAGGAGGAGGAGGUGGAGGGCACUGCGGGCGGCGGGAGGGAGGAGGAGGAGGUGGAGGGCACUGCGGGCGGGAGGAGGAGGAGGUGGAGGGCACUGCGGGCGGGAGGAGGAGGAGGGCGAAGCCAGGCCCUUUAGGACUAAUCACAUCCACAAGAGGCUACUGCUCCCCCCUCCCCAACUCCAUCCACAACAGAGAGAGGCUACUACUCCCCCCUCCCCAACUACAUCCACAACAGAGAGAGGCUACUACUCCCCCCUCCCCAACUCCAUCCACAACAGAGAGAGGCUACUACUCCCCCCUCCCCAACUACAUCCACAACAGAAAGAGGCUACUACUACUGCUGGACGUCCACCCUCAGACUAUGGAAACACUACAGGAAUCUGUCAUCUUUGCAGUUGCCGUUCAACCCAGCCCUCCUCACUCUCUUUUUUUCUCUGCCACAUCGCUCUCGCUCUGCUCUUGGAGAGCAGGGUGGUCGGAGGAGUCGGCCUGUGCUUGUGUGGUGCGUGUGUGUGUGUGUCUCAGAGAGUAUGUGUGUUAGGUUAAGACAGGGGAGCAUCACCGGGCAAUAAAAACCAAUCGUCUCCGAAGUCCCUCUCAAUGCACUGCAACAAACCAAACUCUCGUCCCGACCGCACCUUCUUCUCUUCUUGUUCGAGAUCGCCUCAAUAUUAAAAGACAUUGUUUCAAUGUUGGUUUUGGAUUUUCUUGUUGAUUUUUGUAUUGGUAUUACCACCAUCAUCACGGUGGAAGAUUAACUGAACUGUGUUGCUGCGGCAGCGCCCCCUGCUGACAGGUUGGAGUAGAACAAUAUGGAGCCGUCAGAAAGUCUUCUUACCACACCGCUCACACAAACCUGAGUGCCCCCUCCUGCCGACACACUGCAAUAUCUCAUCCCAGUUUCUCUGUUCAGCUGUGUACAGUACUACUCUGUCCUCUCACUGCUGCUCUCUCUCUCUCUCUCUUUCUCUCCUUGUCCUGCAUCUUCCUCUCUGAAGGUGGGGGGCAGGUUGUCCUCUUGAGAGUGCUACGUGUUCAGAGGAUGCCCUGUACCUUGUGUUAUUUUCUUCAGUGUGGCUGCUACUGAUGUUUUAAAGUGCUGUGAAGGAAAGGACGAUCCCGUAGGAAGUCACACUAUUGAUCCCAAUCUUGUCCGUAUGGAUUUGUUCAUCCUCAAUUGUCAUGCCAAUGAACAACACGGGAAGAAUGUUUUCACACACAAAAAAAACAUAUCUGUAUAUUUUUAUAUUCUGAUGCAAUAUAGAGAAUGUACUAUUACAGUGGUGCUGAAAAGACCUGUUAGUGUUUUCAGUUCAUUUAACAGGUGAAUGAGAAAGGAUUCUUAAUUAUGCUUACAGGUGACUUACAUGUGAUACGAGUCGUACUUUUUAACAGUGGCAGUCAAAACACAUGAAUUUAUUAUAUAUAUAUAUAAAUGAAUU